AUGAUAGAAGAGAAGCAAAUGGUCUCUGCUAGCCUGCCCUCGGCGUCAACCUCAGAAGAAGUUAUCCCAUUCCCGUGUUUCCUUGUCGCAGUCUUCUUCACCACAGUCAGCGCAAUAUUCUGGCUGAUCUUCGUCCUGCUUCUCCAGUGUCGCGAUAUCGAUGUGCCGGACGAGGAAUGGUACCGUGCUUUCGACUACCACGGGGAAUUGUUCGAUGUCAAAACAACAUCCGGGUUGAAUUCGUCGUGCGUAGCGCCACCGUUCACCCAGAUCUACGCGAUCAGCAUGGGCGCCAUACCCUUGUUCCUGUGGCUGAUUGCCAGCUUCAGCAAGGAGGAGCUCGACCUAUUCGACGACGCCAUCUCCAAAAUGUUUAACGGUUUCUGCUGUGCAAUUGCUGACCAUCCCAUCCGUACCCUCGUUUCGAUACCUCUUUUUUUCCUACUGCUCGGUCUCAACCUAUAUGCCCUGUAU